CCCUCCGCCUCGCCGAUGUCCCACCUGGAUGAAGGCGUUGGCCUGGAUGCACUUGGCAUCCUCCACGGUCACGCGCAGCCCGCUGGCCGUGGCGAAGCACGUGGCGUGGUCCUGGAAGUGCACGGCCCGCAGGAGGCUGGAGAGGUGCCGCGCGUUGUCCAGGCUGGCGGACAGCACGUAGGGCUCGCCGCUGGCAGGCGGCGGCGCCGAGAACGGCAUGUCUGGAUGCCGGGAGAGGAGGGACGGGAGCGGGGCGGGACGGAAGGGGCGGCGCAGGAAGCGGGAGCGGAGGAAGUUGCGAGCUCAGGAAGGGCGGGAGCGGCGUGCGCGGCGUGGGGCGAGAUGGCGGCGGGGAAGAGGAAGCGUGAGGCGCUCCCGCCGGGAAAGGGGAAGCGCGCCAGGACCGGCCCCGGCGCGGCAGAGGCAGAGGCGGCCCCGGCCGGAGCCCCGCAGGAAUACAGCAUCCCGCCGCCCGUGUCCCAGGGUAAAUGGAAGAAUAAGGAGCGAGUGCUGAUAUUCUCCUCUCGUGGAAUUAAUUUCAGAACAAGGCACCUAAUGCAAGAUUUAAGAACAUUGAUGCCUCACUCUAAAGCAGAUACUAAAAUGGACCGUAAAGACCAGUUAUUUGUAAUUAAUGAGGUGUGUGAAAUGAAAAACUGCAAUAAGUGCAUCUUUUUUGAAGCCAAAAAGAAACAGGAUCUCUAUAUGUGGCUUUCAAACACACCACAGGGACCGUCAGCUAAAUUCUUAGUGCAGAACGUUCACACACUGGCUGAAUUGAAGAUGACAGGAAAUUGCCUAAGGGGCUCACGGCCCCUCUUGUCUUUUGAUCCAAUAUUUGACAAGGAGCCACACUAUGCCCUGCUGAAAGAAUUGUUUAUUCAGAUAUUUAGUACACCACAGUAUCACCCCAAAAGCCAACCUUUUGUCGAUCAUGUUUUCACCUUCACCGUUACAGAUGAGAGGAUCUGGUUUCGGAAUUACCAGAUAAUAGAAGAAGAUGCAUCUCUAGUAGAAAUUGGGCCUCGUUUUGUCCUGAACCUCAUAAAAAUCUUCCAAGGUAGCUUUGGAGGACCAACUCUGUAUGAAAAUCCUCAUUACCAGUCCCCAAAUAUGCAUCGUCGGCUGAUAAGAUUGUCAGUGGCAGCUAAGUUUAGAGAGAAACAGCAUGUGAAAGAAGUGCAAAAGGAGAAGAAAAAAGCGAGUAAGGUCCUUGUUAAAGAAGAUCCUACCGAAGUGGUCUUUGAAACUCCAGCUGAAGAAAAGCCAGUGGAAAUACAGCUUGUGAAACCAGAGUCAAAGCCAAUUGUUAAAGAUAAAAAGAAACUACGCAAAAUUCAGAGGAAGAAACAAAAAAAGCUAUUCAGAACUGAAGCAUCAGCAUAAAUGUUGCAAGGGUGGAAACUAGCUAUAUUGACAUAAUAUUGUAAAUAAUUGUUUCUACAGGCAAAACUAUUUGGAGUUCAGUUUUAAGUAAACAAAAUAUCCAUUUCUUUA